UUCAUUCUUUUAGUACUUAUGAGUUCAUGAGGCCAAACUGUCCCUGAAUAUCUGGCCAAGAAAGAUCUACAGAGAAGUAUUUGACAGGCAUCACUCACGACCUGCUUUACGACCUCCAGAGAGAGUACACCACGUCUCUGUGUUUUAUCUUCCCUGUGCAGUCCUCUCAGCCCAUAGAGCCCAUCGCUCAUAGAUGAACUGGAGACUUCUCUGAGUGAGGAAAUAAAAGUGAACAUUGGAGCAAAUAAAAUAGUCACAGCCUCCGAACUGUUUUUCCUAACACCAAAUAUCUCUGUGUAAGGUACCGUGUUUAACGGCAUUCAAAAGUUUGUUGCGUAUCUUUCAUAAAAUGUUAGUCUUCUCAGGAGUACAAGUUAUGUACAUCACCUUGUCCUUUCUUCUUUGUUCUGAAAGUGCCCUUAUAAGAAAAGGAAUUUAUAGAAAAAUACAGUGUGCUAAAUAUUAUCGUCUAAUAGCUUGUCCCAGAGAAUAUUCUCCAGUCUGUGGAUCCGAUGACAAUACUUAUGCCAACAUAUGCAUUUACUGUAUCGCAUUCAAAUAUAGUCGUGGUUAUAUUGAUUUGGCACAUUACGGUGAAUGUUGAGAUUUAAUGGAGCUACGUAUUCUUGGGGAUCCUAUCAUGAUCACAGAUUUGCCCUGAAUUCUACAGUGGAUCAGAGAUUUUGUCAUCAGUUUCCCAUAGCCUUAGAAGAUUGGGUGAAUCUCUCUGUAGGAUACCCAAGCAAGACUAGACUGUCAUUGUUCUUUUCAUUUCUCAGAUCCUCUGAUCUCAAUGUUUUAUUUAUAUGAUGAACUACUUAAGGGCACUUAAAUUCCUAAAUCUUAAUUUUACAUUCUGUAAACUAACAACUUAAAAUCAUCAAUACCCAAUUUAUAGUUCUUAAUAAAAUCUUAAAGUCUACUCCUUUUCAAGAAAUUCA